CUCUUGAAGCCCCGGGAUUCUCCCCUCCGCCCUCACUGCCGCGCCGACGAACGACUGUUCUUAUGGCGAGGCGUGAACCAACCCCCACUUUCAGUCAUCGACAACCCAAUCAUCCACCACCUUGCUGAUAUGGCUUCGAGGGCUUCCCUUCGCGACACGUCCAGCUACGGAUCCGGCUUACAAAAGUUCCAUCUUUUCUGCGACAUUUUCUCCAUCCCCGAGACCCGUCGCCUCCCCGCCUCAUUCUCAAUAUUACACUCAUUUGCCCUCUGGGCCCCUAUAUCGGUGAAAGCGGCACGGAAAUACCUGUCGGCGGUGCGCGCAUGGCACUUAGCACAGGGAUGGCCACCCCCGUUAUCGCAAGAAGAGAGCGAGCGCAUCAAUUGGUUACUGCGAGGGCUGGACAACAUCCAGCUCUCAAAACGGUCCCGUCCCCCUCGACAGCCCAUCACGAUCGCCAUGCUAACCGCUCUUAAGCUCACACUCAACCUCUCGGAUCCAUUCGACGCCUGCAUAUGGACGAUCUGCUCGUGCAGUUUCUUCGGCUUGAUGCGCUUCGGGGAAGCAACAGUGAAGUCUCGCGCCGACUUCGACGGCUCCCGGCACCUCAAGCGCAUUGACUCGACGUUUGCUCACGACCUCGACGGCCGCAGGUAUGCUCGACUGGACCUGCCAGCAGCGAAAACGGCCAAACCGGGCGAGAUCCAGCAUAUAUUUUUAAAUGAACAGGGCAAUCUCUGCCCCCUCUGGGCCCUCGAAAACCUGGUUGCGGUAGUGCCCGCUAGCGCAACAGACCCACUCUUUUCCUGGAGAGACUCUAGAGGCUUGAUCAGACCAAUGGCGCGGUCUGCAGCCUUGGCACGAAUAAACGGCAUACUCUACAGCCUCGGGUGGGGUACCGCAUUUUGUCACUCCUUCCGCAUUGGAGGUGCUUCUUUCUUUCUCGCCAAAGGUGUCAGCCCGGAACUCAUGCGGAUCGCUGGACGGUGGCGCUCUCUAGCCUACGAGACCUACAUUCGUGCCUUUGAACAAAUCACAUCCCGGCACAUGUCUAACCUGCACAGCAGCGGCACAGCUACGACGUUGAUGGUGGGGUGA